GUCAACUUGAAUACAUAACCAACGAGAUAUAUAUACUUCAAACGAAUUACUCAAAGCAGCUUAUUUUUAUUACAAGUGUAAUUUCAACAGCCAUGGCGAUGAAGAUGAUGCAGCCCACAAGUAUUGCUAAGCCGGCGGCAGCGGCCGUCUUGCUUCUGCUCAUAAUAUGCAUUUUUCCUUCAAGCGCAUCGAGAAUCAUCGGUCCGGCGGCGUCUGGUAACGAUGCUCCGACGAACGUCAGUAGCCACCAGAUUUUGGCCUCCCAUCUCGUGGCUAAAAGAGGAACAGGUGUGGUGACAAUACCUCAGUCGACAUCCAAGAACAGUACGGCUUCGGUACAGGAUUAUUGCACUCCUUCUUGCAACGACGCUGCAUGUGAUCGAUAUUACGAUUGGUUCUGUCGGGGACAAGAUCGUAACGUUUGCAGGGGGACUUGCGACUGUUCCACCCUUUAUUGUUAUUGCUACUGCAGCGAAUAAAUAUAUUUUCAUAUAUAUUUAACAGAAGGGAAAUCCAAAUAAAUUUGUGGUAUGCUGAUCUUUCAGAUGGACGAUCCUGUUGUUUUCUCAACGUUCAUCAACACCUUAAUAAUUGUCGGCGGGCCGACCGUUCUUUAUGGUUUUCAUUUGCUUUGUAUUACUAUGAUUUCGGUUUGUUUUCCUUCCAAGGUGAUGAGUUGGGACUCCUUUGUAUGUGUUUUUUUUCUUCUUUCUUUUCUUCCUAAAUAAAUGAUAAUAAAAAUA